GAACUGCAGGAAACAAAGGAGUGUGUGAGUAAACCAGCUGCAAACCUACUGCAGGUAUUGCUAACACUCUUAUCAUCGCAGAGCAGAGAUCCUUCCGCCUGCUCAGAGGGAGUGGGAUCUUCCCAACUUUGGCAAAAAUCCUGAAGGGCAAUCCACCAUGCGCAGUGAAAGCAGCCCACGUGCUCUCAGAGAUAGCCAAAAAUGAGGAAAUGAAGAAACCCUGUAUUGAAGCAGGUUUGGUUCUAACACUGAUACCUUUGCUGGAGAGCACAGACCAAGAAAUGCUGCUUCAUGCUGGGAGGGCCAUUGGCCGUAUCUGCUACGAUAAUCGCAGCCUUCAGGAAGAGCUGGUGAAGGUUGGAGUAAUCCCAUCACUGGUCCAGAUAUUAACUGACUAUGCAGAGAGUGAACCACUUGUCCACGUUGCUCUAUUGGCCUUGUACAAUCUGGCAGACCUUGAUUCAGCCAAGGAAGCUCUAAGCAAGACAAAAGUUGCUGAACAGCUGGUGAAACAACUGAGGAGAGCAGAGAGCCAUGAGAGGUUAGAAAUUGUCUUUGAGGUCCUGCAAGCACUUGCAGAAAAUGAUGCUCUCAAAGUGCAGUUGGUGGAUGCAGGUGUGCCAGAGGUGCUGUCUGAGAUCCUGCUGAGGCUCCACGGCAGUUCACAAGCUGAGGAUAUGUGCAUUGUGAAGGCUGCAUCGGAUCUCAUUGUGUCUCUGCUUCUUGGAGAUGGCAACUGCCUGCGGAUGUUCCAGCUGGGGGUCAUCCACCAGCUCCUGGAUCUCCUGGAGAAGCGCGUGCGGAGCGGGGACGCGUCCGUUCAACAGGCUGCUCUCAGUGCGCUGCAGAGCCUCGCUGUCCCAGUUGUCAGCAAGGUUCAGAUGCUGGAGGAAGGUGUCGCAGAGCGCAUCGAGGCGCUUCUAAGGUCCGAGAGUCCUCCUGUGCAGUUUAAACUCCUCGGAACACUACGGAUGUUAGCAGAUGGACAAGCUGAUGCAGCUGAACUCCUGGGCCAGGACGCCCUGCUGCUCAACAGGCUGGUGCAGUGGUGCAGCGCCAGCGACCCCAGCGGCAUCUGCGGAGAGGCAAACCGCCUCCUGGCAUCCAUCCUGCACCACAACAGAUCCCAGGAAGUGGUCAAAGCCGUCCAGGCAGCACAAGGAGUGAAGCAUCUGGUUUCCAUGACGACAAGUGAACAUGCUGCCAUGCAGAACGAGGCACUGACAGCCCUGGCAAUAGCAUCUGCCAUCGAUUUAGAAACCCUUGAAGAAUCUUUUAAAGAAUCACAGCUAGUUCAAAGCUUACACAAACUUCUACAAGAUGAUAAUACAAGUCCUGAGGUGAAAUACAAUUCAAUGGGCCUUUUGUGCAGACUUCUUAAUUCAGGUGAUCUGAGACAAGAAAUAGAAGAGGAGAAGAUCCAAGACACCCUUGAGCGACUCUGCAGUCACAGCAAUGGAAAUGUGGUCAAGGAAGCCAUCACAACAUUACAGGUUUUGAGAGGAGAGACACCCCACUAACCUCCCUUCCCCACGUGCUGCUGAGGCAGACACCAGCUCUGCAACCCUUGCAUUUCUCAUGCUGCUGCACAACCAACACUGCUGAAGCCCAGGUGCAGCUUUGAAAGCUGUGUAUAGAAACCCCUCAUUAGCACAUCUCUUUGCACCACUGCUGCUCUUCACUGAGCCACUAACACAGGAAAAACUCCUGUCAAGCUAAUGGUGUCAAAAAACAUGCCAGGAGAAACAUCUGGCAACUACCGUUCAUUAUACAUUAUUCAGCUGCUUGGUGUUGCAAUUUUUCUUGUAUCAAUGGGACUUUUCAAUAAUUAUAAGUCUUAAGCUUUUAUCAUGCAACCUGAAACAUGAGUUAGAUUAAAGCUGUAGCUUAAACAAUGCAAAGGGCUGUCACCAAUUCAACAUCUGCACAUUGUGAAUCACACUGCAAGCCCAAUUGUUAGAUAAAUGUGUUAAAACCAAAACUAUCUUUGCAGAAACUCCUCCUUCAAUCUCCAACUUUAAAGCUCAUCUCUCAAACUGUACCUGCUCCUGGUCACAAGCUACAUUCCUAAAUACUUGAGGCUGCACUCUUACCCAAUUAGAGUUGUACCUACUGGAAUGAGACUCUGCAGAAGCAAAGUUUACAAGAAACAGCAGUCAGUGAACACACCGUGCUUGGACAAGACAGAAAAAAAGCUGGUCACAAAUUACAAGUGGGCAGGGGUUAGGAUGUGGAAGCAGCCAGCAGUCCAUUAUCACCCUUAAGAGAACCUGGUUUUAACUUUUAAUCAUGGGAAAAAAAUGUAGUAAAACAAGUGUCUCUGAACAUUUCUGUGGAAUCCUUUUGUAUUUUAAAAGGUCACUAGAUGAAAAGGUAACGGAUUCUAUUCCACAGCCUGUUCUUAUGGGAACUUUUUGAAGCAGCUGAAGGUACUUCCAGAGUCAUGUUUUCCAGACCUAGGAGAUCAAAUUCAAAACCAUGAAGUGGUAGACUCAAAAGCUUGGGAGCAAUUACUUGUUUUUUAGCCAGCAGAACAGCUAUUGAGAAAAAAAAAUAAACAAGCGUUGAUCUUCAGAAACCUAUUUUAAAGCAGCCUGUAUUUAGAAGUGAACAAGGCCUCACUGUCUCAGUUUGAGAACUACUGGCUUAUGUUUGCCAACAACCAUGAUAACUUUGUUCCUGCAAAAGCUUUGCCACUUGCAAAACCCAGCAGCACUACUUAGCCCACUACCCUCAUCACCAAAUAGCACUCUCAGGGGUAGUCUUGAGGAAAGGAAUUUUACAAAACCACCCCAGAAAUGUCACAACAAUACACAAACAACUUUUGACCACACAACAGGAGAAAAAAAACACGGCACUUUUAACUUUUUUUGAUGUUCAGAGAUUUAAUAGUUACUCUACACCAUUCUGCAGCUCUUAACUUGUU